AAUGGGGCUUCAAUAAGCCACAAAAAUUUGAAAAAUAGGAGAAAAAAAUUCACGAUGGAGCUCAAUCGCUCAUCCGCCAAAAAUUGUUCCUCCUUUCAUUUCAAAAAGAAAAAAAAAUCGAAAUUCAAUAUAAAAGAAUAAUGGCAUAAGUUCCAUUUCUUUUUCAAAAUUUCAGUUUUUUUUUCACCAAUCCAUUUUCAAUAACAAUGGAGAAGAGCAUUCAAUUCAAAUCCCAAAUCCUUCACUACACAACCAAUAGUUUCUUAAACCCAUUUCUCGAAUCCACCAUUUCUCUUCAAGCUUUUAAUUGUUCAUGGAAAUCUCCCAUUUUCACCGUUUCUCCUUUGCUUUCACCCAAAACCCAGAUCCAAAAACCAAUUAUUUGCGCAAGAAGAAGCAAAAGAAGAAAGGGGUCUGACAGAUCGACAAAGCUUGCACUCGAGUUGCUGUCAAUUUUGGCUUCGAAUCUCAGGAUCUUACCUCAACCGUUGGAUCUGAUCGUUCAAAAUUUAGUUGCUGCAGAUGAAGAAGGGCUUGGGUUUUUGAACGGUUUCAAUGGAGUAAGAUUUAAAGGAUGGAAAAAGCCAACAAUGCGAAGAAGAAACGGGAAGAAAAUUUUAGGGUUCUUAGUAAUUUUAGGGUCUUGUAUUCUUUGCUUGUUGUUUGGGAAAGAGAUAAGUAGUGAUAUGCUUUUUGGGAUCUUAGGGUUAAUCUUUUUUGUGUUUGCAUUGAUUAAGGAGUGGAGAAGGGGGUUUAAAGCUUGGGUUUUUGGGGUCUGUUGUGUUGGGGUUUCUGUUGGAUUGGGAUUAAGGGGAAAUGAAGCAAUGAAAUGGAUUAGAGAAAUUAGGGUUCCUUCAUCUUCUUCUUCAGUGAUGGAGAUCGUAAGGAGAGGCAAAAGAAGAAGCAAAUGGACAUUUUAAGAAAGAAAGCUUUCCAUUUUUCAUUGAAUUUUUCAAUUUAUUUCUUUCAUUUCCUUUUCUCUUUUUUUUUUUGGCAUUAGAGGAUUGAAAAUUGUAUUUUUGGUACAAAAUGAGGUCUCAGUUUUUGAUAGUAGAAUAAAUUUUUAGGAAAUUUUUUAAUUUUGUAUUGCGAAACUUUGACUUGUGUAUGGCAAUUUUUUGGUUUGUGUUGCC